GUCUCGAUCGACGUCGAACGAAUAUCGACGCGAAGUUUAGGCUGUGCGUCGUUUGUCAUCUGUUGAGCACUGAAUCGACCUCCGAUUCACGCUCAACACGGGGUUCAUGGUAGAGGAAACAUUCUUUUCUUCAAUUCUCAUUUCUACGCGCCAGUCCCCUAACUGCACAUUUGGGGAAAGUUGAUCUGCUCGUUGACAAACAGUAGCAACUUUCCCCAACGUCCUCAAGUCCUUCGUUCCGACGUGACACGCACCCCCUUCUUCCAAGAACAUCGUUGCAAGUGUGCUUGGAAGGUAGAAGACAAGAGUCGAAUCAAACAGCAUUGUUGGAUGACCAAUAGGCCAAACAUCGAUACGUCAUCGUCUGUUAGUUACUAGGUCUAAGGGUCCUCCUCCCCUACUAUUGCUAAGACAUAUUGUAUAUCCCCUGCGGGUGUUAACGCCUUGUCCAAGAGUCAAAUUCCAUUGCAAUUUCCGUUAUUCUUCAUAGUUGAGUUUGGCGUGAGUUCAACGUAAAUGAAUAAACUCUCAUAAUACAAAAGAGCAUUACUUGACCACUCGGAUUCCAACAGAAUUAUCACUUCUCUCUCACAUUCUCACAUCGCCUGCACAUCAAGAGCUAAAAGAGGAAAUAUCCAGAUAUAGGAACGCCCGACAUGGAAAACCAAAUAACCUCACAGGAGGUAAGGGAUGCAGCGAGAAAAUGUAAGAACAAGAAAGCCCCUGGACUUGACAGAGAUUGUCAAGAAGCUAAUCAUCGUCCAAAUAUUCAACAAGUGCCUCAAAGACUCGGUCUUUCCUAAGAUCUGAAAGUCGGCACAUUUCAGAAUAAUCCUUAAGAACAAGGACAGGGAUCAAGGGAAUAUAAACUGUUAUCGACCCACAGCACUUGUCUCAUACCGCGUGCCGCAACAUCAUCGAGGCUCCAUCUCUAGCAAAUUAAAGGAAUCUGACCGAUUCGCGAGCGGUGCCAACCUGGCGUCGCAAAGACAAAAGGAAAAUUGCUCGCCAAGGGUCGAAAUUGGAUCGCUUCAGUAUCGGUCGAGACACUGUUCGCCAACGAGCCUCGUUAAUUGAAAGGCCCCCCCUCGGACCCCGCGACCGUCAGCGCCCCUUUUCUUCUUUCACGUCGCCUUGGAUCUUUUUUCAAUGAUUUCACCCGGUGACGCGAUCCUCGUUAUAAAUAGGCCCGCAAAGUGCGUAAAUCAGAGUUUCGUCGUGCCCUAAGUCGCUCCAGAAAUCGUAAUUCCUCGUCACGUUCGAGAAAAAAAAUAAUCGACGACGUGGAGGCAAUCGAUCUAGAGAUCGACGGGUUUUAACGGGAUCGCGGGUUCUGCGCGAAGAAAUUUACGCGAGUCGAGGAGCUGGUGCAGAGAACGUCGUCGACGUGUGUUACGCAAAGUCUCCCGUUCCCGAUUCAGGGGUAAAACGUAUUGGUCAGAAGUGUCGUUGUAAACGAUCGCGCGAUGGUUGUCGUCGCUGGUCGCAGUGUUUAGAGAAAAUCGUGCGGUUUCGUGUGCCAGCGAGGAGGGUGUCGACUCGGUCAGUGUUCCGUCGCGAGCGUCGUUAGAAGACGCAGCAAGAUCGUCGAUAAACGGAUGUGGUGCAAAAGGCUGAUCUGGAUUUUCCAGUGGCUAUGGACACGUUGUGAUAUUUGGCUCUGACGAUAUGAGUUCUUUAUUCGUCGUGCUUUGAGAGCGACCGCUAGAGCAGCGGCCUCGGGCGAGAAAGCUUAAACUUAGACGCCGAAAUUCCGGUGUAUCGACAAACCAGGUUCAGCUCUAGAAGGAUACGCAAGAGGGUAGUUUUCAAACACGGCGAUUGCAAUGUCGUACAAGGAAAUGUCGCCAAGCGACGGCGCCGUUACCUUCAGGACAUUUUCACGACGCUGGUGGACGCACAAUGGCGCUGGACACUUUUGGUGUUCUCCAUGAAUUUUCUCCUCUCCUGGCUGGGUUUCGCUCUGAUAUGGUGGCUGAUAGCGUACAGUCACGGGGACCUAAAUCCGGACAACUACACCAAUCCGAACUUAACGUUCACCCCGUGCAUCGUGGACAUUCGUGGCUUCACCAGCUCCUUCCUCUUCUCGAUCGAAACGCAACACACCAUAGGGUAUGGAUCGAAGCAUCCGACAGACGAGUGCCCGGAGGCAGUGUUCGUCAUAUGCAUCCAAUCGAUGACAGGAGUGAUCCUGCAGGCGUUCAUGGUUGGUAUAGUGUUCGCGAAACUGUCUCGACCGAAGAAGAGGACGCAGACGUUGCUGUUCUCGAGGAACGCUGUGAUUUGCCAGAGGGACGGUGAGCCAUGUUUGAUGUUCCGUGUCGGUGACAUGAGGAAGAGCCACAUCAUCGAGGCUCACGUCAGGGCUCAGAUGAUCAAAAGAAAGGUGACCAGAGAAGGAGAACUUUUGCCGUUCUUCCAGACGGAGCUGAAAGUAGGCGGCGAUGGCGAGGAGGACAAAAUAUUCUUUAUCUGGCCAACAACGAUCGUUCACAAGAUCGACGAACAAUCACCGCUUUAUCAUAUAUCGGCCAGCGAUAUGCUGAGGGAACGAUUCGAAAUCGUGGUAAUAUUGGAAGGUGUGAUCGAGUCGACAGGCAUGACCACACAAGCGAGAAGCUCCUAUUUGCCGUCUGAAAUCUUGUGGGGGCACAGGUUCGAGCAUAUAAUCACGUUUAAGAAAGAAACUGGCGAGUACGAAGUAAAUUACACUCUUUUUAACAACACCUACGAGGUCGACACACCGUUGUGUUCAGCGGCUGAUCUGGACAAAAUCAGAGCGAUACAGCGCGCUAAGGGAGAGCGUAUGAGCUCAGGCGGGUUCACUCAUUAUCGCGACGCGUCCAGCAGUUCUUUGACCACCGGAUCCGGUUCAAGCUUGGCGUCGUCCACCGGUGGGCUGCAGAUGAAAGUCCCGAUGACGCCACUGGCUCCGAUUCCAGUUAUGAUCACCAGUCCCGACGGUUCUCUGAGGCGCGAGAGCAUGCAAAGUAUGCAAACGGAUGCGAAGCAGCCGAUAUUUUACACGCAGAACGAGUUGAUGGACAGCGAGCCUCAGUCCACGAGUCAGAUGCAAGAGGACGCGAGAAAUCAAGAAGACUAUAACCGCGUGUUGGAGGACAUAAACGCGACGUUGAGGAAAAAUCGCGCUCACAUGAAGGAAGACAGGAAGAUGCACAGAGAGCCGUCUAAGUGCACGUUAGACUCUAGAAAGAGCGAGUCCAGGUCUAACAUAGACAUAAUCAGAAGAUCUAGCUCGAGAACGAUGAUAGAUCAAGGCCCGGUGAUCAAUCCUCCACCGAGAUCAGCGUCUCGACAGCAUUUAGAUCCCAGGCACACAAAGUUUUCAGAAUCCUCGGAAGCGUAUCACGAACCUCCGCCUCAUCCUCAUCCAGGCUCGAGGAGAUCCAGCUUGGGCGACAGCCAUAAGCCCAAAGAGCCCCACAAGAAGACGAGCUUCAUCCUCGGCGACGACGAUCACGUGAUUUCGAUCUCAGAGGUGCCCGCGUCCCGACACGAUCCCGAAGAGUUGGACGCUGAUUCGUCCAAGGCGAAUCAUCAUCCUCAGACCAGGGAUUCCCAGGAGCAAGUGUAGGAGUGUACGGGUUCGUACUGGGUACGUGGAGGUAUUCCACGUAGUGAUGCAAUGGGUUGAAGGGCAGAUGGAUGAGUAGAGGAUUAAGUGGAUCCAGAGAGCUGCAGGUUAGACGACACGACAGGAUGAGUUUAGUGGCGGGAAGUGCCCUCGUUAUCACGCCAGUCAAUUGUUUAAUCUCAGCCCGGCCUCUUCCCCCCUUCGUCGCCGCUUCUUCGGUUAGGUUUCCACAUACACACGAGCCAUGACACCACGCGAAACACGCUAAACCGGCUAUCAAGUGUCGCGAGCACGUAGAUUCCUGAC